UUCUCCACCGGAUGGCCAGAUCACGUGAGUCACAAGAUUUGGUCAAAAUGGCAGCUACCGUAUCUGUCAAAAUCGUCAAAUUUUCUACGAUUUUUACCCUUAUAAUUCUAAAUUCACUAACUUCUUUGUCUUGGUGUGUAGCUGACGUACUUGACGAAACUGCUAGUAAGAUUGAUAUAUGCCAUAUGAAAUCAUGCCACCCAGUCACGAUGAACCAAACUAGUGUUAUAUAUGACAACUGUAUGAAGAACAAUUAUACUAUUUCUGACAGAUGUUGCCAUGAUGCCAACGGCACAGUUUUUGGCCUUGACCUGUCUGUUUGUUCCCUUAAGUCAAUUCCUGCAUUGGUUGAUAUCUCGCAUUCAGAAUGGAUAGCUCUUGAAGACAAUCCUUUAGUAUUCAGCGAUGAAAACAGCACACAUUAUGAAGCAUUUAGAAGUUUGAACAAUAUACAGUACUUGUCUUUACCAGGUCAUUUUCUCUGCCCUGGUGGACAAGAAGCUUGGAAGGAAACGACAGAGGGCAAAGGUGUCACUGUUUGUAGGAUUGAGCAGGAUGUUUGUAUUGCAGACAACUCAACUUAUCAAUGUCCAGACGAUUCACACUGUGUUCAUGAUGGCCCAGGACUCAUACAGUGCCAGUGUAAUGGAGACUUGUAUGGUUACAGAUGUUUGAGAUCAGGUCAUUUUCCAAUGGGGUUAUAUUAUGGAGUAUUGUGUGGUUGUACUGUGUUCAUAUGUGCAUUUCUGUGGUUGACACAGCGCAGGAAGGCGGUUUGUAUAUCUAUCAAGGUGGACUGAGUGACAAGAAAGGACGACCAAUAACACCGACAAUUUUUUUUGUGUAUUUAAUCUCAUUUUGUUUCUAUGGUGUUCCAGAGCAUGGAAUGCAUGAAUGAAACAAAUGCAGAAAUGUUUGCUACUGAGUGCCAUAGCGAGGAAAAACUGCCAGUUAAUCAUGGCGAAACCCAUUUGUGAUGUGUGGGAAACAUAGUGAAAAUGUGAGAAGGAUUGUAAAAAGACUUGCUGUGCAUGUCUGUAAAUUUUUGUAAACAUUUUACUUAAGUUAUCUAUUGCCAAAAAAUACAGAUCUGUAUACAUCGGCUCUUUGCACAUUCAGAUUCAUUGAAGAAAUCGUGUCUUAUUGUUUUUUGGUGCAGAAAAAUAUGGUGUAAUAAAGGGGGACUAUAGCCGGAGCUCUGGAGCCAAUUGGUAACUUAGUGAUAACAAAUUCCUUGUGAAAGCAAAAAUAGUGUCAUUUCACUGUGAGAUAGUAGAGAUGGUGCCUACUUGCAACUUGGCAAAACCUGAUGUGGUCCUUCUGGCUCCUGUCUAUAGUUUCCCUUUUAACUAUAAAGCUAGUGCCUGUUAAAGAGAACUGCCAGAUUGUGUUUGAAAUUAAGUGCCUUCCUGUAUUGCAUUUAUCCCAAAGGUAGGGAGUAUGGUGAGGGUCAGUGGGAGUAAGGUUUGGGCCAGUGAGAAUAUGGUUAGGGCUGGUGGGAGUAUGGUAAGGUGCAGAGGGAGUGUGGUUAGAGCCAGUGGGAUUGUGAGAAGGGCCAAUGGGAUUAUGGGCAGGAACAGGGAGUGUGGUUAGGGGAAGGGGGAAAAGCCUGUCAAAAAUACCUGUAUCAUGUCAAGUUGAUGUAAUACAUGUGUUUUUUAAACUCAGAGGUGACUAUUGUAAUCUAUACACACAUGUGAUACAUCAUUGUGAGACAAUUAGUUACUGUGUGUGCUCAUUUAGAAGAGCCAGGGGUCCGUCUUAUUAUUUCAUUCUUAUAAUGUAGUGAAGUUUAUUCCUGCAAAUCAAGGGCUUGUUGGUACAAUCUUCUCCAGCAUUGCUGCAUACACAGUAUUUCAGCAUAAAAAGGUAUUCUAAACUGCUGCUGUAAUUCACUCUGUAAAUGAAUGUGCUGGUAAUUACUAGAUUCUGUGUAUUUGUAAAAAGAAACAAAAUAUAAUAUUGAA